CUUUUUACAUCAUCUUGCAACUACAACUAUUUUAACAUCUAAGCAAUUCAUUGUUUAAAUAAUGAAUAAUAAAAAUGAUUAAAAACUGACUUUUGUCUCUUAAUUGAAAUCUACAUGCGCAUCUUAAAUGUUUUCAGUUAAUAAAUGUAUGGUAAAUGAUAUUUAAAAAUCGGAAAAAUAUAUUUUAUGUGGAAAUAGGGAUUAUUUUAUUGUCUGGAAUAGGUGGUCUUUUAGCUUUAAUUAGUGUAUGCUUCAGAGGCUCAUGGAUCUCUCAAGAAUAUUUUGAUAAAAUACAUAUGCAUAGGAGUCGAGAUCAUUUAACUAAAUGUGAAGCAUCUUGUUGGCUUGCAAUAAUUGGAACAAUAUGUUGCGUAACCUCAUCAUUUAUUGGUGCAUUGAGAAUGAGAUAUUGCAAUGUUAAGGAGACGAAAAAGUAUAAAACAGCACAAUUCAUUAAUUCAAUAGCUGGAUUUAUUAGUUUGUUAAGUUCCGUGUCUGUUUGGGCAGAUUUUCUUUGUCAUCUUCCAUAUGAACUAAGUACAACUUAUCAAUUGAAUAAAUUAACUUUUAAUCAACAUAAACAACCAAUUAAGAACAGGAAAAUAUUUGUACCUCAAACUGACAACAAUCAAACUAAUAUAUCAACAUUUUCUUCAAUGUUAUACCUUUCUCGUAAUUAUUCUUUAUCUAAUUGGAUAAAAUUUAAAAAGGAUUUAAAUCAUCUUGAACAUUUACAUUAUAAUGGAAAUUAUUUAUUUGGUUGGGCAUAUUGGUUUUGUGUAGUAUCAGUUAUAUUUUUAUUUUUAAGUAAUUUGAUUUAUUUAAUGAGAAAAGAUUGUGAAGAUGAAAGACCAGUUGAAAUUGUUUGAAAGAAAAACAAAACUUUUUUUGUUUUCACUCGACAACAAAAACUCUAAAAUGUUAUCAACUAAUGAAUCACUAUUGAAUGUAAUAGUUAAAUGUGUUAUUUAAUCUCAAAUACAAAACAAUGAAGUAAAUGUGUUAAGUCUUGCUGAUCGGACGCUAUAUUUGUUCCUAAGCUAUUCUGAUAACCCGCACGCUAGAACUAUACAGCGACCUGAACACCAGAAAGAAGACGCAAAGUAUGAGAGAAACACUUUACUCCAAGAGUAUGGAAAUGAUUUUCGUCAAAGACUCACAUCAACUGAAGACAUGUAAUUCUCAAGUCCCCUCAUAUUUGGAACUAUGUAACUACUAUAUAUUGAGAACCACAAUUCUUUAUCAAAAUUUUGUAUCAGACAAACGAUAUAGAAUCAAAUUAUUUAUUCUAACGCUUACCGAGUUAUUGCUUAUUGAGA